AGGCCGUAUACGUGCCUCGGCCUCAGUCUUAGCUGAACUGGAGCUCUGCGUGCCGCACGAGUCACCUAACUCUAGUAUAAUUAUCAAUUUAUCAGGCAUACUAGCUGGCAAUUAAAAAAAUACUUUUUAGAUUCUAUAAAAAAGUAUUUUUUAACCCUAAAAAUCGUAGUCCAAGAUUCAAUGCGCUCUAUACAAAUAUAGCCUGGCAAGUCAUAAAUCCCAGUAACAAGAACUUGAUAUGAUGACAGAAACGGUGGUUGUGAACGCGGGGCUUGGCGUCGGCCAUCUGGCCCCAAUGGUGGAGCUUGCCAAUCUCUUCCCGCGGCACGGCCUCGCCGUCACCGUCGUCCUCAUUGAGCCGCCGGCAAAGCCGCCCAGCUUCGCCGCCGCGGUCUCCCGGUCCAUGGCUUCCAACCCUCGCAUCACCUUCCACGUGAUGCCCUCGCCUUCCUGCCACAGCAACGUGCCCGAGCUCAUCCGCGCCAUGAAUGCGCCACUGCGCGAGUACCUACGCUCGUCGGUGCCCUCUGCUCGCGCGGUCGUCUUCGACAUGUUCUGCGCCUGCGCGCUCGACGUCGCCGCCGAGCUCGGGCUACCGGCCUACUUCUUCCAGUGCGGCGGCGCCAGCCACCUCGCCGUCGGCUUGCACCUCCCGCACGUGCAGGCCGAGAUAAACGCCAGCUUCGGGGAGAUCGGCGACGAGCCCCUCCUGUUCCCCAGCGUCCCGCCGUUCAAACCCAGUGACCUCCCCAAGGCAGCACUCGACCGCAACGACGAGAUGUACAGAUGGAUUCUGGGCGUGUUCGAGCGGCUCCCGGAAUCCCGCGGCAUCCUCGUCAACACGUUCCAGUGGCUGGAGACGAAGGCGCUGCGCGCGCUCGGGGACGGCGCGUGCGUCGUCGGCCGCCCCACGCCGCCGGUGUGCUGCGUCGGGCCACUGGUCUCGCGAAGCGGGGAGGACAAGAAGCACGGGUGCCUCUCAUGGCUGGACGCGCAGCCGGAGAAGAGCGUCGUGUUCCUCUGCUUCGGGAGCAUGGGCUCGUUCCCCAAGGAGCAGCUCGCGGAGAUCGCCAUUGGGCUGGAGAGGUCCGGACAGAGGUUCCUGUGGGUGGUGCGGCGUCCGCACGCCGGCGAGGCUUCGCUCUCAGGUUUGCUCGCCGGGUGUCACGGCACGCACGGCGAGCUGGACAUCGACGAGCUCAUGCCGGAGGGGUUCUUGGAGAGGACCAAGGGCAGGGGGCUCGCCGCCGGGUCGUGGGCGCCGCAGGCGGACGUGCUGCGGCACAGGGCGACCGGCGCGUUCGUGACGCACUGCGGGUGGAACUCGGUGCUGGAGGGGAUCGCCGCCGGCGUGCCACUGCUGUGCUGGCCGCUCUACGCGGAGCAGAGGCUGAACAAGGUGUUCAUCAUGGAGGAGGUCGGGGUCGGCGCUGUGAUGGCGGGGUACGACGGCGAGGUGGUCAGAGCCGAGGAGGUGGAGGCGAAGGUUAGGUGGAUGCUGGAGUCGAAUGAAGCGUCGCCGAUCCGUGAGCGAGUGGCGCUGGCGAAGGAGCGGGCCGAAGAGGCGACGAGGAAAUCUGGCUCGUCGCAUCAAUCAUUUGUCAAGUUUCUGAUAGACUUUGGCGUGACCAAGUGACCGGUCAUGAAUCUUGUUUAUUGGUGACAAUGUAAAACGGGAUAAGUCAAUUAAGAAUUAUAGUUAUUAUAAAAUUUAAAAAUAAGUUUAUUUGAUUUUUUUAAAAUUUAAAUCUAUAUGGAAAGUAUUUGAAAAAAAACAUAUUGUUUAGCAAUUCAGAGAA